UUGGCUUUAAAGGGGACGCGGCUUGAGUGGCAGUUCUCGGUGGCCCCCGCUUGGGCUCCGCCCCAUUUCCCGCACCUCGCCCCUCCCUGAGCUUAGUCCCGCAACCCCGCGGCCGCGCUGCUGAGUCGGGGCUUCCUGGGUCCAGGCUUGUGCAGAGUUGGGUGAGGAGGUUGGACUUUGUAGGGGAAGCAGCAUCCUGCCGUCUGGGACCUGUCGGACGGCAUCCCCACUGUUGGGGGAGCAGAGGACCCGCCCUGACCUAGCCUGGCCCAGUCUAGUCUUGCCAGGCCUGAGCGUCCCUUCCAGGAGCCGCCUCUGAGGCAGGCGCCACUGGGGUCCCAGAGCCGCCAUGGACAAGAUCCUGGAAGCGGUGAUGACGUCGUCAUACCCGGCAAGCGUGAAGCAAGGGCUGGUGCGGCGUGUGCUGGAGGCGGCGCGGCAGCCACUGGAGCGGGAGCAGUGCCUGGCGCUGUUGGCACUGGGCGCGCGCCUCUACGUGGGCGGUGCGGACGAGCUGCCGCGCCGCGUGGGCUGCCAGCUGCUGCACGUGGCCGGCCGUCACCACCCAGACGUCUUCACCGAGUUCUUCAGCGCGCGCCGGGUGCUGCGCCUGCUGCAGGGCGGUGCCGGCCCGCCGGGCGCCCGAGCGCUCGCUUGCGUGCAACUGGGCCUGCAGCUGUUGCCCGAGGGGCCCGCGGCGGAUGAGGUGUACGCGCUGCUGCGGCGCGAGGUGCUGCGCACCGUGUGCGAGCGGCCGGGGCCCGCAGUCUGCGCGCAGGUGGCGCGGCUGCUGGCGCGGCAUCCGCGCUGCGUGCCCGACGGCCCGCACCGCCUGCUCUUCUGCCAGCAGCUGGUGCGCUGCCUUGGCCGCUUCCGCUGCCCGGCCGAGGGCGAGGAGGGCGCUGUGGAGUUCCUGGAGCAGGCGCAGCAGGUGAGCGGGCUCCUGGCACAGCUGUGGCGCGCUCAGCCCGCUGCCAUCUUGCCCUGCCUCAAGGAGCUCUUCAACGUCAUUUCCUGCACAGAGGAGGAACCGCCAUCUAGUGCCCUGGCCAGUGUGGUCCAGCACCUCCCAUUGGAGCUCAUGGAUGGCGUUGUCCGGAACCUCAGCAAUGAUGACAGCGUGACGGACUCCCAGAUGCUGACCGCCAUUAGCAGGAUGAUCGACUGGGUGUCAUGGCCCCUGGGGAAGAACAUUGACAAGUGGAUCAUUGCACUGCUGAAGGGCCUGGCUGCCGUUAAGAAGUUCAGCAUCUUGAUUGAGGUUUCACUCGCCAAAAUUGAGAAGGUUUUCUCCAAGCUUCUGUACCCCAUUGUCCGGGGAGCCGCUUUGUCUGUCCUCAAGUACAUGCUCCUGACUUUCCAGCACUCCCAUGAGGCCUUCCACCUGGUAAGGGCUCCUGCUUGCUGUUCCGAGGAUGUGCAGCCCUGCUUCCCCCACUGGUCUGGCUGGAGGCCAGGCAUGCUGUCAAUGUUGGUGGUUGAGGCUUGA